ACAACUAUUUAAAUACAAUAUAUUAUAUUGAUUAAAACUACGAUCCUCUAUGACAGGAUGAUACGUAAAGCGUUUUGUUUGAAAAAGUUUAAAUGCAUACCGUGUUUAAUAUUCUGUUUGGUUGUUUCAGGAGCAUGGCUUUUCUUGAAGUUAAGGAUGAUAUAUCUACCGGAAGGCAGGACCGGAAAUGAAAUAUUUACAGACAAAUGUAAGACUGAUGGACGAUACAUUAUAAUUUAUAACAAAUUACGGCAUGAUGGUUGUCAAACAAAUAAAACAAAACUAUUACACGGAGAUUAUAGUGCAAAUAAUUCAACUCCUAUGCCGUCCAUCCCGGUAUAUCCAUUGUUCCAGUCAGCAAAAGAAGAGGAAUUUCCAGCAACAGACGGACCAUUACCACGUAUUCCUCACAUUAUACACCAAAUCUUCUCAGACAAAAUGAUACCAGAAAUGUAUAUAAAACAUAUGAGAUCUUUCAUAAAACACAAUCCUACGUGGGAUUACAGAUUUUGGACUUAUCAAUCCGGUCGAAGACUGCUGCUAAAACGCCAUCCAUAUCUUGUUAAGGUAUAUAACAAAUUUGGAAAUAGUGUCAAGCGAUCCGAUCUACUUCGUUAUGAGUACUGUAUGAAUUUGGCGGAUUUUAUGCAGAUUUAGACACGGACAACCUGCGUCCCCUAAACAUAACUACAAUGAAAUACGCUUGCGUUGUUCCAGUUGUACCAUUUGAACAUAGUGCUUUGCUACACAAUAUGGUCUUUGUAGUGAACAACGGAGUCAUGAGUUGCCGUGCAAAACAUCCGUUUUUCAAGCUGCUUUUAUCGAACUUACGAUGGGCCAAUCCAAGUGGCAACCCUGUGGAAACCACAGGUCCUGGGUAUGUUACAAGAACAUUUAUUCAGUACAAUCAUAUCGGCCUCGUAGACACUGGUAGGAACAAAACUGACUGGACAAGUAAUUCUCCCUAUUUCUAUAAGGGAGAACUGAGAGAGGAUGAUAAUAACUCUGUAUACGUACCUAAUUCACAGUACUUCAUGGACAAAUUAGAUCCUAUACAUGUAAAAGAAGACGGGAAAUUCACACAACUCUGUAAAAGUAUUGGAAUUUUACCACGUCUGAAACAAAGAGCGUGUUCGGAGUUUUACAGACGGAAAGUUAUUAGAGAGAAAAAGAAAUAUACAUUCACUGUACAUCAUUGGUAUCAUUUAUGGUUAAUGAACAAAAAGUCUAUAAAUCGACUGAAAAAGAUCAGUAUAAGUGAUAUUGCUCCAAAUUGUAUUCUAUAUAAUGGAUGAAACAUGAAUGUGAUAGUCACAUGUUACUGUUCUUUCAACGCAUGUAUAACACAUGUUGUCACUACUGUUAAUAUUUCGCUCAUAAAUGUAUAUGGUAAAA